AUGAGGCCGUUAUCAGCGUGUGUCGCGUGCCGAGGCCUCGACUGCGUUGGAGUCACAGACGAACACGUCUCCGCCACCUCGGAAAGGCAUUACGAACCUCUUGGGAAUCAGACAGAUGAUGGCAGACCUCGUCGUGUCUCUUCGCUGGUCGUGCCAGAUGCUGCUCUGGCAGAGGAGUUGGCGAGUCUCUAUUUUCGAUACAUGCACAUCACAUUUCACAACAUCUUCCAUCGCGCAACAUUCAUAGCCCAGGUAAAGGACUCAUCUAUACCAAAGAUCCUAUUUUUCGGUGUUGCUGGUCUAUCGGCGCGAUACUCGACACAUCCCGUCUUUGCGUCAAUCACGCCGUGGGAUAGAGGACGACCAUAUCGGGAUGAGUGUAAGAGGUUGCUGGACCUGGAGGAUACUUCAUUGAUCAGUAUCCAAGCUUGCAUGUUGCUUGCAGCAAAUGCUUUCGUUGAGGGAGAUUCUAAGACCGAGUCGGUAUAUCAAGCAAUUGCCUCUCGCAUGGCCAUGCUGCUAGAUCUUCCAAACUUACCAACUGAGUCGCUUCUGGAGCAUAUGGUGGUCUCUAAUUACAACCGAGACAUGGUCAAGCGCAACGCAGUCUCUGCCCAGGUAUAUAAAACCACGAAACACUACCCCUUACCCAUGGACGAACGCCGAUUUGCCUCGUUAACCCACGAGACUCCAGCACCAUCGCCCGACGCGUCUCCUUGCGCCUCACCUACUUGCAGCUUCGAUCCCCAAUCUCUGAUCGCCCAGAUGAUCCGGCUGAAUCUCUUAAUUUACGACGUCAUUGUCUUCCUCAACACCCAAGUAGUUGAUUCACAGGAUGCAGAUUCGGGGAAAGGGGGAUUCGACUAUCAACUCCUCCAUAGCCUCGAUGAAUGGGCAGACAAACUACCCAUCAGACUUUGCUAUUCUGAGGAAAAUGUGAUAUACUGGGCAGAUGAGGGCUUCGGCGCCUUCUUCAUCACACUACAUAUUAAUUACAAUCACGCUGGCCAGCUUUUAUUCUACCAACACCUCCAAUCUUCUCAAGGACAGGAUCAAUGGGAUGAUAGUACACAAGGGUUUGCCCAGCGAUGUAAACAGCAUGCAACAAACCUGUGCGAUCUCAUCUAUGAAGCGAAGCGACGGCCUGACACUGUCGUUCUGUAUCCGCUUGCUGGCCACAUUCUAUGCCUCGCCUCUACGGUUCAGAUCCAUACACUUCUCUUUAGUUUCGACGAUGACGAGAUCCUCGCCGCUAAGACACGUUUAGAAAGAAACUUUGAGAUGAUUUCCUCAAUGAACAACUAUUGGCCUAUGAACCAUAUGUUAAUCAGCCGGCUGCAGCAUUUUCGUAACGCCUGUCUUCGGAGCAAAGAUGACUCAUUCCGUUUGGAUGCUUGGAUGCUUCGAUUCUUGCUGGGGUUUACGCAGGACAUCAAAGACAGGGAUGCAAUUUGGACAUACGGACAUCGGGCGCUGGGCGACUUUGAUCCACUGAGAGAUCUCUUGGAUAUAUAA